AUGGGGCAGCUCCAUGGGAAGGCUUCCUUCGUGCAGGCCGGCCUGCCCUUCCUCAACCUCUCGGAGAAGGACGUCAACAAGUGCUGGGAGUCGUUCAACGACGUGGCCGAAGGCUUCGGCAUCAACAAGGCCGAGAUGAUCGACAUCUGCAGCCCACUCCAAGAUACGUUUGAGAUCAAAGCCAAGGCCGAGAUGGAGCGCAUCACGGCGCUGCUCUUCGAGGCCAUGGACACGGACGAGAACGGCCUGGUUGAUGCGCUCGAGUUCCUUGGUGCACUUGCGCUCCUUAGCGCCAUGACGGUGCCCCAAAAGAUCACAUUCGUGUACAACUGCUACGACUUUAACGAAAGCGGCGAAAUCACCAUCGACGAACUCACGCUCUCAAUGAAGUCGACGCUCACAGGCCUCUGCAAGCUCUCGAUUGCCCGGCCGUGUCCGACCGAGGUCAUGCUUGAAGAGAUUUCUCUCCAAGCGUUUCAAGGCGCCGGAAAACACCCGGACAAGUACAUUACGCUGCCCGAGUUUAUCAAAUAUUGCGAAACGACGCCCGAAGUGAACGGGUGGCCCGUUGACUUGUACGACCUCGGCGACAGCGACAUCGAGACCGAAGUCCACACGCCGCUCUAUUCGGUGGACGAGAGCCUUCAGAUCGACCUGGACACGCCCAACGACGCCGUGUACCAGUACGCGACGAACGACGAGCCGGCGCUCACGCAGCCGUGGCAAAACACAGUGGCCAAUGCCGCACCAUCGUCGUCGUCGUCAUCCAGUGCGAGCGCGCUCCCGAGCUUGGAGCUCGACUGGAUCUACGGCAUGAACUCGUCGCUGCGGCAAUGUCUUCAGUACGUCUCCACCAAUGAGAUUGUGUACCCGGCCGCCAGUGUCGUCGUUGUGUACGACCAUAUUGACCAUAAGCAGCGGUAUGCGCAGUACCACUCGGACAUGGUACUGAGCCUCGCCGUGCACCCCAACAAGCGCGUCAUUGCGUCCGGCGAGCGCGGUCGCCGGCCCCACAUUUGCGUCUGGGACGCUACGUCGCUGGCCCUUUUGAGUACGAUCCGCAACUUUCACACGCGCGGCGUCGGCCACCUCGCUUGGAUGCCUGAUGAACGGACGCUCUUGUCGAUCGGCCUCGAUGACUUUCACUCGGUCGCGAUUUACCAGUGGAGCAGCACGGACAUUCGGGGCAUGCCCACGCUCCUCCACACGGAGCGCACGUCGCGGUACCAUGUGCUCGCCUUGCACGCCGUGACCCCCAAGCUGUUUGUGACCUGUGGUCAGCGCCACGUGACGUUUUGGGCCCAAGAAAGCCUCGAAACGUCGCCUGAAGUCGUGUAUACGAGUCGACAAGGGGUCCUCGGGAAGAAGGCGCGCAUGCAAACGCUCAUGAGCGCCACGUCCGUGAGCGAAAAGCUCAUCCUCACGGGCACGGUCCGCGGCGAAAUCUGGCUCUGGGAAGGUCGGAACGUCAUCAAAGUCAUUUACGCCCAUGCGUCGGCGGUUAACGUGCUCUUUGCCUUUGGCGGCGGCGUGCUCUCGGGUGGGAAAGACGGCAAAAUUCGCAUCUGGAGCAAACGCAUGGAGCCCGGUGCCCAGUUUGAUAUCAUGGCGCUUGGGAGCUUCCUCGGCCGCAUUCGCAGCCUCGUGACCAACACGGACGCAACCAAAGUACUCGUGGCCACGGGCGGUGCCGAGAUCUACGAACUGAGUACGUCGGACGGCUGCAACUUGCACUAUGGUCCCCUCGUCUCGGGCCACUGCGCGCGCAAAUUGUGUGGCCUGGCGACACACCCGACCAACCACGAGAUGUGCUCGGUGGGCGACGACAAGAGCAUUCGCGUGUGGGACCUCGUGCACCACCGGAGCCUCCGCCUCGUGAACCUCGAAGCGCCAGCGCGCGCGUGCAUCUACUCGCCGGACGCCAAGCUCAUUGCGGUUGGGUAUGGCUCGGAGCUCGAGAUCCCACCGACGCAAAAGCAGCUCAACGGCGCGUUUGCCGUGCUCAACGAGUCCAACUUGGCGGUCAAGUACGAAGGAAAAGACUCGAAAAAGUUCAUCUCGAACCUCAAGUUCUCGAGCGACGGCACCACGCUCGCCGUGUGUACUGAAAAUGUCAUUUACAUGUACAACACGGACGACUGGGCGUCCAAAGGCAAGUGCAAGAGCAAGGACCCAGCCGUCAUCUUUACCCAUUUCGACUUGAGUUCGACGGGCGAGUGGCUCCAAAUGGCCACCAACAAGGGCGAGAUCGUCUACUACGACACCAACUCGAGCGUUGAAAACACUCGCCUCGGUGCGCUCAAGGACGUGCAGUGGGCGACGUUCACAUCCAUUUUUGGCUGGCCUGUGCAAGGAGUCUGGCCCUCCAAGAAGAAGAGCUACCACGUCACGGCGCUGAACCGCAGCCAUAAGGAGCAGAUUGUCGUGGCGGCAGAUCAGUUUGGUCAUGUGCGCGUGUACAAGUACCCGGCGCUACCGUCGACCAACCUCGUGUACCAUCAGUACAAUGGCCACUGCGGCCGCGUGAGCCACGUUCAAUUUUCCCACGACGACCAAUUUGUCAUUACGAGCGGUGAAGACGACCGGUGUCUCUUCCAAUGGCGCGUCGAAGCCGAAGUGCAAGACGGGACGCCGCCCGAGUUCGAGUACCACGCCAACACGGACGACGAGCUAGAGAUGCAAGCUCCGAUCGAGCGGGGUCCUUAUGAGGAAGCGUCGAACGUGGGCGAGUAUGCGAUGGAGCUACUGUUUCACCAAGUGCAGCAACAGUCUGACACGAGCACAAAUGCGGCCGAGCCGGUCAAGCCAUGGGUCGGGAGUGCGAUUGCGCCAUCGAACGCGGCGCCCGAGCCGGACUCGACGAUGCCAACCGAUCACAUGGAGAUGGAGUGGGUCUAUGGCUAUCGGGGCCACGACUGCCGCAACAACAUCAAAUACACCAAGCAAGGACGCAUCGUGUACCCGGUGGCCAAGCUCGUCGUGAUAUUCGAAACAAAGAGCUGGUCCCAGCGCCACUUCAAGCAGCACCAAGACGAGGUGGUGUCGAUCGCCAUGCACCCCAACCUCGAAGUGAUUGCGUCCGCUGAAGUGGGCAAGUACCCGUCGAUCCACAUAUGGCACCACCACACACUCGCGGUGCUCUCAACCCUUCGAGGUGUGCACAAGCGUGGUGUCGUCGAGCUCGCUUUCAAUGUAUCGGGGACUGUGCUCGCGUCGGCCGGCACGGACGCGGAAAACACCAUUCUUUUGCACGACUGGGCCAACGGCCAGCUCCUCGCUCAGGUUAAAACGGGCGCCGCCAAGAUCCUCGGCCUCGGGUUCCAGCCAAGUACCAACACGAGUGCGUCCGGCGCCGUCGAGACCCUUGUUGCGGUGAGCCAGCGCGACGUCUCGUUCUACCGCGUUGUGGGCAGAAAUGUCACGCGCAAACACGCGGCGUUUGGGAAGCGCGGGUACCUCCAGCCGUUCCUGAGCAUCGUCUUUGUCGGGCCCGACGCGAUCGCAGGGUCGACGAGCGGCGAGCUCUACAAGUUUAAAGGGAUCGAGCUCGUGACCAUCGUACCGGCCCAUACCCGAAGCGUUGCGGCACUUUACGCAUGUGCAAAUGGCUCGGUCUGCAGCGGCGGUCGCGACGGUUUGAUCAAGAUCUGGACCUCGGAGCUCGAGUGCCUGAACCAGUUCAACGUGUGCAACCAGCAACCGAUCCGGUCGCUGCUCUGGCACACGGAGCGCCAGACGUUGCUCGUCGGAACGCGGGAUAGCUGCGUCUACGAGAUCAACGCGAGCGACGGUACCAUCAUGACGACCGUCAUGGACAUGCACUACCAAGGCCAGGUCCAAGGCCUGACCGUGUCGCCGACCAAAGACAAGGCCGUCACGACUGGCGACGACGGCACGCUCCGCGUCUGGGACACGUACAAGCACAAGUGCAUCCUCAAGUUUGGCGCGUACUUGGCCGUCGGUCUUGGUGGCGACCCCAAGAAAAACCGGCACAAGAAGGACGGGACACUCCUUAUUUACGAGGAAAAGCUCAACGACGGCGUUUUGAGUCUCGACAUUCUGCACGAAACCCGCGAUACCAAGCAGCCGAUCUCCGUCAUUCGGUACUCACCGGAUGGCGUUUCGCUUGUCGUCGGCGCACAAGACAAUAUCAUUUACGUCUACGAUGUACCCAACGAAUAUGCCAAGCGCGCGACCUUCAACAAGCACAAGAGCUUCAUCACGCACGUCGACAUUUCGACCGACGCCCAGUACCUGCGCAGCAACUGCGGUGGCUAUGAGCUUCUCUUUGCCGACUUGACGACGGGGUCCCAUGUCGCCAGUGCGACAGCGCUCAAGAACCAAACGUGGCACACGUGUUCGACCAUCUUCAACUGGUACAACCAAGGCGCGUGGCCGCCCAGUGCCAAGAAGACGAGCAUCUCGGCAAGCACGACAAAUGGGUCGUCGCUGGUCGUUGGCGACACCCAAGGCGCGCUCAAGCUCUUCCGGUUUCCGUGCAUACGGGACGGUCUACCGUACAAAUGCUUCUUUGGACACGCGGGAUUGAUUCAAGCACUCUCGUUCACGCAGAACAAGAGCCAUCUCCUCUCUGUUGGGCUCAAUGACCACGCGCUUAUUCAAUGGAAGGCGUACUCGAUCGAGCUGCCCGAGCCGGACAAGGCCAACAAAGCCAAGGUCGUGGAUGCCGACACAGAUCUGGAAACCGAGGGCUGGUUCCUCCCGACGCCGCUCAGCGUCAAGCCCUUUGCAGGCACCAAACCGUACCUGACGGGGCUCGUGCCACCGACCACGGCGCCAGACGAGCCGACGGCGCUGAGCCUCGCCUUUGAGAUCGACUUUGUCUACGGCGCGCGGCUGCAAGACAUGCGCAAUCUCACGCAAUACUCGAAAGCCAAACGGAUUGUGAGCUCGUCGGGCCGCGUCGGCAUUAGCUACGACCGCAAGCGCCACACCCAGGCCUUUUACACGAGCCAUGUGGCGCCGAUCAUCUCGAUGGCCAUGUCACCCGACGGCCUCAUCGUCGCGACGGGCGAAGAAAUCAUGACGGUGCUACCGGCGUGCCAUACCAAAGCCAUCGUGUACUUGACGUUCAACGAGACGGCGACGCGGCUCGUGAGCGUCGGCAAAGACACCUAUCAUUCGCUUGUCGUGUACGGCUCCGCGUCGGGGCUCUGGCACGACGCCCGCAUCCUUGCGUCGGCCCGCACGUCCCACCUGCCGACGCGGUUCAUCACGUGCCUGCCGUACAUGCAGAGCAUGUUUGAUGUGGUCACGGGCGGGGUCGACCACAUCUUCUUUUGGCGCCUCGAUCCGCCAAACUUGCACCCGACGAUUGGGACCUUUGGCGCCCAAGCGCAGAUCCAAACGCUCACGUGCGGCGGCGCGCUCGACAAGGGCACGAUUGUCACUGGGACGCGGACAGGGCACUUGUACCUCUGGGACUGCAACACAUCAGUCGUCGAGCGGUCCGUGCCAGCCCACAACAGCACCGUCAACAGUCUCUUUGUGACAAAAGCUGGCAUCGUGUCGGGUGGCGCUGACGGGCACGUCAAAGUCUGGAACCGUCUUUUGAACCCUGUCUGGGACUUCGACAUGUGCCAGGCCAAGCCUGCGUGCAGCAGUCCGAUUGUCCGCAGUGUCGCAUGGGACCUCGCCGAGAGCCGCUUCCUCGUCGGCACCCGCGGUGGCGAAAUCUACGAGCUCAGUCAAGCCAGCGGAGACACCAACUUGGUGCUCGAGUCGCACUACGAGCAUGGUCUCUUUGGCUUGGCGGCGCACCCGACCCUGCCCCACAUCAUGGCCACGGGCGGCGAAGACUGCACCUUGCGGGUUUGGAACAGUACCCAGCACGAACUUAUUGGAAAGGUUGUCAUGGACACACCUAUCAAGGCGGUGGCGUUCUCGGCCGACGGCAAGUCGAUUGCGAUCGGUCUCGGGAGUGCGUCACAGGCAUCGGGGCAGCUCAAGGAAGGCGCGUUUGCCGUGCUCGAUGCGACGACACUCGAGAUCCUCCACGAAGGCCGCGACUCCAAGCAGAGCAUCAGCGACAUCAAGUUUUCGCCUGACGGCACACUUCUCGCGAUUGGAUCCCACGACAACACCAUCUACCUUCACGGCGUCAUGGACAACUACGCCCUCCGCUCCAAGUGUACCAAGAGCACGGGGCACAUUACGCACCUCGACUUUUCAAAAGACAGUCGGUACUUGCGCGCCAACAGCGACGCGUUCGAGCUCCUUUACGUCAAUGCCUUUGAUGGCGCCUGGAUCUCAAGCCCGUCGUCGCUCCGUGAUGCCGACUGGGCCACGCACACGUGCGUGCUGUCGUGGGCAGCGCAAGGAGUUUGGGGCGACUCGCAAGACUACAUUCAUGCAAUCGGAGUGGCCCCCGACGCCAAGAUGCUGGUCAGUGGCAACGACCGCGGUGAUCUCUCGCUGCACUCGUUUCCGUGCUUGUCCAAAAACAUGGCCUUUGGCGCCCUCAAGGGCCAUGGCGGCCAGAUCACGGGCGUCACUUUCAACGCCGACGGCACCAAAAUGUACUCGAUCGGCGGCGUCGACCGCAGUCUCUUCCAGUGGACCGUGACACCCAAGGAAGCGUCGUAA